AUGGACACUAAAGCAAGAGAAUAUGCGCAGGAGGUCAUAAAGUUCAUUAGAAAGAGUGGAAGUAGCUUUUUGGCCUGUAAAAAUUUAAGAGAUAAAUUAAUAAAUAAUGGUUUAAUACCCAUAAGUGAAGGAGAAAAAUGGAAUUUACAAAAAAAUGAAGGUUAUGUAUUAAGCAAGGAGAACAGGAAUAUUUGUAGUUUUUUUAUUGGUAAAAAUUUUAAUAUAGAAAAUGGGUCCAUAUUAAUAUCAAUUGGACAUAUCGAUUCUUGUGCUUUAAAAAUUUCACCUAAUAAUAAUAUAGUAAAAAGUAAAAUAAAUCAAAUAAAUGUUGAAUGCUAUGGAUCAGGUUUAUGGAAUACAUGGUUUGAUAGAGGCUUAGGAUUGUCCGGUCAAGUAGUUUUUAAAAAGGACAAUAAAUUAAUUGAACGAUUAAUACAAAUAAACAAAUCGUUAUUCUUUUUGCCAAGUUUAGCUAUACAUUUACAACAUAGAACAAGAUUUGAAUUUACUGUUAAGAUAAAUUAUGAAACUCAUUUGAAACCUAUACUAUCUACAGUUUUGUAUGACCAGUUAAUAAAAAAAAGGAAAGGAAUAACAAAGAAGAGCUCGGACGAAAACGAAUUACAAAAACGCCAAGAAGGGAUAAGCACACAGGGGGAAGGAACAACACAAGAUCAUCUAGAACAAGAGCAGAAAGAAAACGUAAACUCUUCUCCCCUGUUAUACAUUUUAGCAAAGGAAUUAAAUUGUAAUGAAGAAGAUAUAUUAGAUUUCGAGCUGUGCCUAAUGGAUGCACAGGAGCCAUGUUUUACCGGAGUUUAUGAAGAGUUCAUAGAAGGGGCUCGGUUUGACAACCUUGUCGGCUCCUUUUGCGUGUUUGAGGCUUUUAUCGAGUUGGUGAAAAAUGUAAGAAGUCGUGAUGUAAGUGAUAGUGGCAGUGGCAGUGGUGAGCAGGACAAAUGCAGCUAUGAUAACAACCUAUAUAUAUGUAUCGGGUAUGACCACGAGGAAAUCGGUUCCCUGAGUGAAAUAGGGGCUCAGUCAUAUUUUACCAAAAACUUUAUUGAAAGAAUUAUAACAUCGAUUUUUAUGAACGACAUCAGCAAUGGUAAUACAAGUGUGGAUGAAAUUUAUGGCAAUCUAGUGAACAGAUCUUUUAUAUUAAAUGUUGAUAUGGCACAUUGUAGUCAUCCUAAUUAUCCAGAAACUGUACAGACUAACCAUCAUUUAUAUUUUCAUGAAGGAAUCGCUAUCAAAUAUAACACAAAUAAAAAUUACGUUACUGCACCAUAUUAUGCAUGUUUAAUUAAAAGAACAUUUGAAUUGUUUGCUAAUGAAUAUAAGCAAACAAUAAAGUAUCAAAAUUUUAUGGUUAAAAAUGAUACACCAUGUGGUAGUACAGUAGGUUCAAUGGUCGCUUCAAAUUUAUCUAUGCCUGGUAUAGACAUCGGUAUUCCUCAGUUAGCCAUGCAUUCAAUAAGAGAAAUAGCAGCUGUCCAUGAUAUUUAUUACUUAAUAAAAGGCACUUUGGCUUUCUACACAUACUACAAUCGGGUACUAUCAUCCUGCGUAGGGGAUACUUAA